AUGGUCACUGGCACACUGCUUCUUCUGCUUGCUGUUUACCUUUCUGGAAACGGUAUGAAAAACUGGGGAGGAGGUAGUAAUUGCCUGCAAUAUGGUGGAGGAUGCAGCACCGGCUCUCACGAUUUUGAGUGGGGAUCUCGAGCAUACAUUGGACUGGGAUUUUGCACUUUCAUAUCCAUUGUUAUCAUCAACCUUGUUGGAUCGCCAAUUAUGAAAAGUUCGUCGAUUAUUUUGGGGCUUGUCAUAGGAUGCAUCAUAUCAGCAGCGUGUGGCUACUGGGAUGCAUCAGGUAUCCAAGCUGCUCCUGCAGCAGACUUCCUUUGGACCAAGAAUUAUACUUACUCGGUGGAUGGAUCCUUGAUUCUUGCGCUUUUACUAAUGUUUAUUGUUGAAGGUAUCAGUUGCAUACCUGAUAUUCUUGCCACAGCAGAGGCAAGUCACGAAAAAACGUCUGGUGUCGAAUUCCAGUCUCGUAUUCAAGGAGGAAUAAUGUGCGAUGCAUUAGGCAGUCUAUUGGCCUCCGUCGGUGGGGGACUCCCUAUGGUCUCUCAGGCUGCUAACAAUGGAGUUAUCCUGCUCACGGGAUGCGCUUCGAGAAAAGCAGGAUGGGUUGCAGCUGUGUUGCUGAUUCUGAUGGGUGUUUUCUCCAAAAUAUCUGCUACUUUUGCGGCCUUGCCUCUGCCCGUGUUUGGUGGAAUGCAAGUAUUUCUCUUCGGAACUAUUGGUGUUGCCGGGAUAAAAGUUCUCUCAUCGGUCCCAUGGACCAGGCGGAAUCGCUUUAUUCUUUCAUGUGGUCUUGGAUGGGGAUUUGCAGGCACUGUAGUUUCCUCUUGGUUUGACCAAAUUUUAGCUUACAGUGGCUCAAAUCAAGCUCUGGCAGGGUUCCUUGAAGGAAUUGACCUUAUUGUCGAGACUCCAUUCAUUUUUGGCGCCAUAAUCGUCUGCUUUUUGAACUUGAUAAUACCCGACGGCAACAAGGAACCAGAUGACACUGCAGGUGUAGUAUAA